UCCUAGCCUCCCUGCCAAACUGAUUAAUGGUGGCAUUGCUGGCAUCGUUGGGGUCACUUGUGUGUUUCCCAUCGAUUUGGCCAAGACCAGACUUCAGAACCAGAGACCAGGCCAGCAAGUCUACAAGAGCAUGAUUGACUGCCUCAUCAAAACGGUACGAUCUGAGGGAUACUUCGGCAUGUAUAGAGACAUGGGUCCCCGCUGGGAUAGUGAAGGCUAGCCGAUAAGGCGCAGCCACGCUGGAGGCAAAUCAUUUAUCAUGGUUCUUACCUACUCUGCUCUAUUACAAUUAGGCACCAAUUUUUUUUUUUUUUUUUUUUUUAUAGAUAAUUGUUGAAUCAUUUUGAUAUUUACUUUUUUUGCUUCUUGUUUCUUUGUAGAUUAUUUCUUUAUUAUUUUUUCCACUUUCUUCACUGUCCUUGCUCUUGUCUCAUUCGGUACUAACCCAUCUUGCCAUGUUCUGUUAACAUCUAGAAUGUUUUGUUGGAUAUUAUCACUUACAUCUGUUUUCUUUUUCUUUUUUCUUUAAGAUCAGUCUGAUCAUGUGAACAACUGCUGUGCUUCUUUUAAACACAGUGGUAUCUUAAAAUAACAUGGUCCCAGUUAGGGGUGGGCAGUAUGAACAAAUUCUUACAUCACUGUAAAUGUAUAUCUCAAUAUUUUUGCCUGAAUUAAAGUAAAAAUAUUUUUAUAUUACAUAAUCAUGUAUUAAUGCCUGUUUUUGAUGAUAAUGUGAAUCUUAAUCUUUUAUUUUAUAUUAAUUUUCUUUAUUUAAACUUGAUUGAAAAAGAAUAUUCACCUGAAUUCAUAAUUCUGGCAUUGGUGUAAAACAGAUUAUUUACUUCAUUUAACGAGUUUAAAAACAUCUGCGCAACAUUUGAAGCUGUUGUAAAAUAGCUGUGACCGCACAUCAGAUUUACUUUAUUAAUGCUACAGUUAGCACAUGCAACACCAAAUCUACACAUCAAAGCUGUCUUCAUUGGAAGCGACGUGUUUGCAGAUUUAACGCUGCAUAAACAGCAUAGCAAAUUCUCAUUUCUACACUUGCACAGUAUAUACUGUCAUACUGCACAACCCUACUGACAGUUUCUUCUGGAAUGUGCCUGCAUUCUUUUGUCUCACUAAAUUGAAUAUUCUAUCUUUUAUUCCUAUCCUCUGUUUGUUUAUAAAUUAGUUCAUUUGUUUAUUUUCAUUUUGCUGAAUUUGUUCACAUUAUGUAAAAUCCCCCUCCAUCAUCAUCUCACAGUUUUCUCAUAAGCUUUGCUUAUGUUCUUAGUCUUAGUGGCAUUUUUCUUAUCUGCUUGAAUAGUACUUGAUAAGGUCAUGGUGUAGAUUUAUCUACUGGUUUGAUGGUGGUGGGGAAUGUGUGUUUGCUGAUCUGUGAUCAGUUGUGGUGUGGUUUUCUUAACCCUUUGUUUGUUUGUCUUUUAGGUGCUGCAGUUAAUCUAACACUGGUCACUCCUGAGAAGGCCAUCAAACUGGCAGCCAAUGACUUCUUCCGGUACCACCUCUCCAAAGAUGGGAGAGGGCUGACUGUAUUUAAAGAGAUGUUGGCUGGAUGUGCUGCUGGCAUGUGCCAGGUUGUCAUCACUACUCCAAUGGAGAUGCUGAAAAUUCAACUACAGGAUGCUGGGAGACUAGCUGCACAGCAGAGAAAACCAGGCAUCAUCCCUCCAAAUAGACUGGCGACCACAAACGCAGUGUUGAGUCGCUCCUACAACGUGGUACCCAACACCUCACCCAGGGCAAUAUCUGCCACCCAGAUCGCAAGAGAGUUACUACACACUCAAGGCAUUCAGGGGCUCUACAAAGGCCUUGGAGCAACUUUAUUGAGAGACGUACCUUUCUCUAUUGUCUACUUCCCUCUCUUUGCAAAUUUAAACAAGUUGGGCAAGGCCUCCCCUGAUGAUGCCGCACCAUUUUAUUGGUCAUUCAUCUCUGGAUGUGUUGCGGGCUCCACAGCUGCUGUUGCUGUUAACCCAUGUGAUGUGGUUAAGACCAGGCUGCAGUCUCUGAGCAAAGGAGCCAAUGAGGAAACCUACAGUGGCAUAAUCGACUGUUUCAGCAAGAUCUGGAAGCGAGAAGGGCCGUCUGCUUUCCUGAAGGGUGCGGGUUGCAGAGCUCUCGUCAUCGCACCGCUGUUUGGCAUCGUGCAGGUCAUGUACUUCAUCGGUGUCGGAGAGUUUAUCUUGAGCCAGUCCCCGCUAAAGCUAAUCUCUGACUGAACAGACACCAGUACCUUUGAGUCAACCAAGACUGUGGCAGCUACGCAACCAACUGUACAUUUACAAAAAAAAAGAUAAACAUUAAUCAAGAUGGUCAAGUUGUCGAAAGAACGACAACGUCUACUCUUGUUAAGUUACUGUGAGUUUAUCCAGCCUUACCGCACUUCCUCUAUGGUUUACAUGCUUAUUUGAUGGGCUGUAGCCAGUGUUUUGCACUUGUUGGUAAGGAUAUGUCUGGAGGAGAGCGCUUAAGACGUGCUUACAUUUUCUAGAAGCAUAUAUGGAAGUUUCCCCUCAAUGAGGGAGACUGGUGUCGCUGUAAUGACACUAAUUUUGACUUUUUCUUUUUUUCUUCAUCUACCCACUUUGUACAAUUCUUUUUGUAUUAAUACUUGCUUUCUUUUUUUUUUUUUUUUUUUUCCUCCAACUUGGAAUUCAUUUCUUUCUGUUCGUCACUGUUUUUAGUGUCUAAACAAUUGGGUUACUUAAUGCUUUUGAAGCCUUCAGACCUUGUAACUCUAAAUUGUUAAUAGUUUUAAGGAAUGUCAUUGACUUUUAUUCCAUUUUGUUCCAUCAGAUGCACAUGCCCUCCAUCGUGCUCAAUUUUGUUUUUGAACUGAUUUUGGGGAUGUGAGGUGCAGUCUAAAAUUCAAGAUUAUCUUGAUGAUUACCUAAAAACAGACCAACAUUUGAUGCAUAUCGUAUUUAUGCAAUAUUUUGCAAUUUUGUAGACUUGCAUUUAUUUUUCCUUCCAUUACAUGGACCAGCAUGUGUUACAACUGUAGCUUCCUGAGAUUUCUAAUCCUAAAGCAUAGGUCAUUAUUUUCAGGUCAUGUGUUUGCCUUAAAUUAACACAAUUUACAAACUUUUCACAAAGGGACUUGGCCUUGAGCAAAAGGCUGUAUAUUUAAGUGCUAUAAUGUUAUGACUACAGUAUUAACAUCAAUCCACAAUGACACUUCAAUGCAACUUAUUAAUUUCUGUUCAAUGGAAAUUGUUUAUUCAACAUUGCAAAAAUAAAAACGAAUGUUUACUUGUGA